CCAUCUUUGAUGAGGGCAGAGCUCUAUUCCAUUGAAGAAGAACUGAAGAGGUCAGUAUCAACUGCGCUCAGCUCCUUUGCAGCAAGCAAGCCUAAAAAAGCGGUUUGCUGUUUAAAUACGCAGACGUUUCCUCAACAGAGCUGACAGCAUUUGUUUCAAGCAGAAGCACAGGACUCUUUGGAGCCCCUGCAGUAAACUAAAAGCCACAACUAUCCUUCACCAUGGCAGAAGACGCAGAUAUGCGUAAUGAGUUGGCUGAUAUGCAGCAACGUGCUGACCAGCUGGCUGACGAAUCACUGGAGAGCACCCGUCGUAUGCUGCAGUUAGUUGAAGAGAGUAAAGAUGCUGGUAUCAGGACUUUGGUUAUGUUGGAUGAGCAAGGAGAACAACUUGAUCGUGUUGAAGAUGGCAUGAACCAUAUCAACCAAGACAUGAAGGAGGCCGAGAAAAAUUUAAAAGAUUUAGGGAAAUGCUGUGGCCUUUUCAUAUGUCCUUGUAACAAACUCAAGUCUAGUGAUGCUUACAAGAAGGCCUGGGGCAACAAUCAGGAUGGGGUAGUAGCCAGCCAGCCAGCUCGUGUAGUGGAUGAACGUGAACAGAUGGCUAUCAGUGGAGGCUUCAUCCGCAGGGUAACAAAUGAUGCCCGGGAAAAUGAGAUGGAUGAGAACCUGGAACAGGUUGGUGGUAUUAUUGGGAAUCUGCGCCACAUGGCUCUGGAUAUGGGCAACGAGAUUGAUACACAGAACCGCCAGAUUGACAGGAUCAUGGAGAAGGCUGACUCCAACAAAACCAGGAUUGAUGAAGCCAAUCAGCGUGCAACAAAGAUGCUUGGCAGUGGCUAAAGCAAAAAUCUUUCAUCCUCUGCGCUGCUCACAGAGCAGUGCCAACUUGCUUUUAUCAUGGUAUUUACUGUACCUACUAGGUUUGCACACACGCACAUAUCAGCCCCCAUUGUAAAUGUUGUUCUGUGUGGUCUGUCAGCUUUUUAAUGAUUGUCCUUGUAAUGAUUUCUUUACUGGUUAUCUUUCUUUCCAAAGGUUGUAUAUAGUGCUGAUUUGAUGGCUCUAGCUCACUUGUGAAGUUUUUGUUUUCGUUUUUUAUAUUAUAUUAAAUAUAUCUUUGCUGGAUGACGACAAUGUAGGAAUGCUUUACGAACUGUUUUCCUUUUCAGUAUUUCAGUAUUGUCCUAGUAAAACUGUGUCAUUCCAUCUUGCUACUGCCGUGCUCCUCUUUUUGAUGUUGUAAUGAUAAAAAGAAAAAAAACUGAAAGCACUUAUGGUUGCUGUCCUUAUUUUUAUUUUCCCUCGUUAGCUGUUAUGAGUUCACGUUUAAACAACAUGCAGCUAGACUAUGUAACUGUAAUAGGCAUUGCACUUAAAGUGAUGUGAUUUGUGCGUUAUGCAUGAUGAAUGAUAGAUUUUAGAAUCUUCUAAAUAAAAUGAACUAAAAAGAAAAAAAAAGAUCGUUACAUGGCAGUAGCAAAUUGACAAAAGCAUGCUCAGUAUUAGGACACAGCUGGGAGUACCAUAUUCCUGCAAGAUGGCUAUAUUGCCACUAUUUCUGUCAGUAUAUAUUUACAAACUGUGACCACCAUUGUAAUAUAAAAACAACAACACAGCUGUAGCACAUAAAAAAUCAUCUGUUUUCUAAAUGAAUAUGCAGUUCAAUGAAGAGACUGGACUGGUUGUGUACUGUAAUAUAAGGUUUGGAUGUUCUUUAAGAUGAAAAGACAACUGCAAUACAAAAAAUACAAAUUAUAAGUUGCAUAUUUCUGGAAGAUUUUAAUUUUUUAAGAAGACUGUAUCUUGUAAGUUGCUUUCCCCAUGUGUUUGUUAUUGGUAAAAUUCUUUGUUGCUUAUGUACCUAGAGCUAUGCACACCAAAUCGCUAAAAUGUUGAGUAGUUAUAAAAACAAAAUACCUUAACUGAAUGAUACAUAGGAUAAACUGAAUAAAUGUCCUCAAAGCAUGUAAUACUAAAGCUCCUUCUGUCUCCUGUCAGUUUGUGAAGUGGUUGACAUUUUGUAGGUAGUUGAAAUGAUUAAAAAACAAUAAACCUCGAAUGGUAUGGAGCAUCUUUUUGUGUUCUGGAAUAAAGGAAUAAAGACAA